AUGCGAACGCCGGAGCAGACACCGCUAACUCCGCGGGACUCGGGGCGAUCGAGCUCGCCUCAGCUGAACUUCACGCCGCGCGCGAGCGCCGGCAGCCCGUACAGCUCGCAGCAACCCACCAUCCGAUCCACUCCGUCCUUCCCCAGGAGCGACCUGGGUGGCUCUAUGGCGCAGCGCCGCAGGUUCCACCGCCGCAGGCAGGGCGCAUCAGGGCAGGCGGCAUCUGGGGGAGGUGCGCCUUCAGGCACGCCCGUCAGCACUCCAGGGCCACCUGAGCCGUCUGAUAGCCUGGUGGGUGGUGGUGGUGCUUUGACACAAAGCAUCAGGGCAGGUGGCAUCUGGGGGAGCUCAAUCCAACACCUCGUAAAUCCCCCCUCCCCUUCCCCAUCCCCCUCCCCAUCCCCCUCCCCAUCCCCGUCCCCAUUCCCCUCCCCCUCCCCAUUCCGCCCCCUGCACGCCUACCAGCUGGUGGAGAUGGAGGGGGACACGUUCCGCGUGGACUGUGCUGGCGUGUACGCCUUCUGUGCAGCACAGAUCCUUCUUCGACCUCAUCAUUCUCCCAACCCAUCCCCCUAUGCUUUUGCUGAUUAUUCGUACCAGCUGGUGGAGAUAGAGGGAGACACCUUCCCCGUGGACUGUGCUGACAAAACGCUUCAAAGCUCCCCUGCACGCUCCCUUGCAUAUCCCAUUGACACCCCUUCCCCCCUGAAACCCAACCCCCAUCUUCCAACCCCUCGUGCACACCAGCUGGUGGAGAUGGAGGGGGGCACCUUCCCCCUGGUGGAGAUGGAGGGGGACACGUUCCCCGUGGACUGUGCUGACGUGUACGCCUUCUCUGCUGAGCUGUACCGCCUGCUUGUGCGCUACCCAUUGGAGGUCAUCCCCAUCUUCGACAUCAAGAUUGCUGAGCUGGCAGCCGACCGCAUGCCCAUGUGGGACAAGCACAUCCAGGUGCGCACAUUCAACCUCCAGGACACAGUGCACAUGCGCGACCUCAACCCCUCAGGUGCGUGCCUGCCUGGCCGCCUUGUUGCUAGGGUGGUAGACCUCAACCCCUCAGGUGCGUGCCUGCCUGGCCGCCUUGUUGCUAGGGUGGUAGACCUCAACCCCUCAGGUGCGUGCCUGCCUGGCCGCCUUGUUGCUAGGGUGGUAGACCUCAACCCCUCAGGUGCGUGCCUGCCUGGCCGCCUUGUUGCUAGGGUGGUAGACCUCAACCCCUCAGGUGCGUGCCUGCCUGGCCGCCUUGUUGCUAGGGUGGUAGACCUCAACCCCUCAGACAUCGACGCACUGGUGGCGGUGAGGGGCAUGGUCAUCCGCACCUCCUCCAUCAUACCAGACAUCAAGGCGGCUUACUUCAAGUGCCUCGUGUGCGGCCACUCGCCUGACCUCGUACUCGUUGACAGAGGAGUGAUAGAGGAACCAAGAAGGUGUCCGUGGCCCGAGUGUGGGGCGUUGAACAGCAUGACGCUGAUUCACAACCGCAGCCGAUUCAUCAACAAGCAGAUGCUGCGCCUGCAGGAGACGCCAGAGGACAUGCCGGAAGGGGAGACACCGCACACCGUGUCUGUGUUUCUGUUCGACUCUUUGGUUGACACUGCCAAGCCGGGUGACAGGGUGGAGGUGAGUUCUAAACAUCGACACUGCAUGGAGUAG